AUGCCUAACACAGCCUCAACGGUUACCAUUAUUCAACCUCAUGGCAGUCCUCUCAAACCUCCUUCGAAAUCUCUUCAAAGAUCUUCAAAGAUUAUGGUACUUCCACAAAAUAUGACCAUGAACACACGUGGUAGAAGCACAGAAACGAAUACAAGUAUUACGACUAGUGGAGUGAUGCCAUCCUCUAGCAGUACCAGUGCUACUACUACUACUAGUACUACUGCUGGUACUAGUAUGACUGCCAUGACGAGUUCCAGUACUACUACCACCACAACGACCACCCCCAUCACCGCUCCCAUGAAUACCAUGAAUCCUCUCAGUCCUCCGAGAAGAAAAAAGAAUGUGUCCGCAAUGACAUUUCCACCACUAAUGGGACCACCAUCCUUAUCAUCUACCACCACAACAGGAGGAGGAUAUUUAGAGGAUUCCAUUCCUUGGUCACAAGAAGAAGAGAUUCUCUUAAUGAAAAUUGUAAAGAAUAUGAUGAUUACGGAUGAUUCACAAGGAAUGCUUGUUGUGAAUUGGAAUAGUGUUUCAGAAAUUCUUUCAAAUUAUUUAGAGCAUUUAGAAACUAAUGCAUUAAUACCAUUUCGAAGUGCCGAGUCAUGUUAUCACAAAUACCAUCAACUUGCCUCUAAAUUAGAUCAUACACCAAAAGCAUCCUAUUCUCAGAUGGAGAAUUUGUCAAGGUAUGAGAAAUCUGAGAGUGAAAUUAUUGAGUCAUUAAGGAUGAGUCGUUUACGAAAAAUUCACACUUCUAUUGGUGGAAUAAUGAGUAGUAAUAUGGGUGGUAAUAUGACUAGUAACAUGAGUAGUAAUAGCAGCAUGAACCAUAAUAUUGGACCCUAUCAUUCAACAGCAACAACAACAACUAGCACUCCAUUCACACCAUUUUCCCAACCACAUUCCAUACCUUCUCUGACCAAGACACCUAGUUUCAGAAAACCACUUCGAGCACCAAUGAUUAAUUCACUUGUAACAUCCAUAUGUAUGAUUCCAAAGAAAAAGAAGAAGAAGAAUGAGUCAUCCUUUGUAUUCAUGUCUGCAGCACAAUCUAAAAAGUUACAACCACCAAAAUUGAUACUUGAUACCAUACAACCUGGAUCCACAUCAGGUGCCUCAUGUUCUGUGGCUGCCAAUACAUCCAUGGAAUCAAUCGUUGAUUCUACACCACGUCUGGAAAUGAAGAAUACUCUCUAUGAUUCAUAUUUUGCUGAGAAUUUUGAAUUUAUGAAAGAAGUGGUUUCUGAUGCUGAUUCGAUGGUCGUCAUGACCAACCCCACUCAGAGUCAUCAUGAAUCCUUGUCUGAAUGUAAUAUUACUGAAAAGGAGGACGAGGAUACCAUCAUGAAUGAGUUUGUAGAUACUGCAUGCAUGGUUGGGGAGCAAAGAGAUGCAUUGGAUGUCAUUGGAAUGAACUAUGAAAGUACACUCAAUACUAGUUUGAAUCUUGCAUUGGCAUUUGGAAGUACAAAUUCUACUAUGAGUGGUAUUAUUAAUACUAGCAAUACUAGUAGUAAUAAUAGUAGUGGUCCUGCUACAUUGUCUUCUUUACAAGCAAGUAGUAGUGUGGUCGCUGAGACGGGUAUGUCCUCCUCAUCUGCAGAUCAUGAUGUUUUGACUGCAACUGCGACUGCGACUACUACUACAAGCAACAACACAGUAUCCACAAGUAGCAGCACGACUAGUACAAGCUCAAUGGCCACAGAGCCAUCCAAAAAACGAGGAAGGCCAAAGAAAGAUUCCACACAACAACCUUCCAGAUCCAAUCGUUCCUUGAGUGCAGGAACCACCCACACACGUGAAUCCAGUUCGAGUGGUACUGCAACUACAGCGACUGCAACUACAACUCCUACUCCCUCCCUCAUCACACCACCAGUCAUGACUGCUCUAGGUGUUCCAAUAACGACCACUCAACCACUUCUUGGUUUUGUUUCUCAACCUCACCCCUUCAUGAUUUCAAUGUUUAAUUUUCAUCCCUCGUAUGCACCACCACCACCACCAUUUGGAUUCACAACAGGUUUAUUACCACCCCCACCACCACCACCACCCACACAUCAAGGAACAACACCUGGUUUCAUUCAGUUAUCCAAUACCUCAACAACAGCUUCAACAACAGCUUCAACAACAGCAGGUGUGUUGAAUCCAACAACAUUAACAACAGUGACGAGCAGUGAUGGAAGUGGAGGUCAGAUCACAACAACAACCACUCACUCCAACACUGCAAUGAGAAUGGCUGUAUCACAACCACCCUCCAUUCAAGUCGUAUCUACACCUACCACCGUUGUGCAUCAUCAUCAUAUUCAUGGUGCACCUUCUUCUAAUAUUACUACAUUGACUACAGCCACUAGACAGCCUCAAUCAGUUGCAACUUUGGCAAAUUCACAACAUAGUAGCAGCAGCAGCACUACCAAACAACAACAACAACCACACACAUCGAAAAAGUAA